AUGGCGCGAAAUCAAGAAAAAGCGCAGUCCAUGCUGUACCGCUUCCGCGAAGCCCAAGCCAGCUCCCUCGGUCUCUCCACCAAACCCCAGCCUCGUCCUCGUCUCGCCUCCUCCGUCACCUCGCUCAAAGAAUGCGAAAAGUGGCGUUCCGACGUCAUCCGCGAAAUCUCCCGCAAAGUAUCCAAGAUCCAAGAUUUCGGUCUCACCGAUUACGAGGUGAGGGAUCUCAACGAUGAGAUCAACAAGCUCCUGCGCGAGAAGCACCACUGGGAGAACCAGAUUCUGUCGUUGGGUGGGGCGAAUUACAAACGCUCGGUGCCGAGUAUGCUGGGUGGAGAUGCGGGGGCAGCGGUGGGGAGAGGUGGGUACAAGUACUUUGGUAGGGCGAAGGAUUUGCCGGGAGUCAAGGAGUUGUUCACUAGCAGGGAGGAGGAUGAGGAGGGGAGGAGGAGGGAGGAGAGGUUCGAAAGGUUUCGAAACUUACCACCUAGUUACUAUGGUGAUGAAGACGAAGAUGACGGUGUCUUGUUGGAUGAAGAAGGCAAGGCGGAGGAGGCGGAGUGGAACGAGAGGUUCCUACAAGUCGUGACUGGACUCAGGAACGACAUUCGAAGAAGAAACCAAGAAGAUGAAGAGAUGGACAUCAGUGAUGACGAUGAUCAAUCGAUUGGAGGGAUCGAAGUACCCCAGAUCCCAAGACCAUCUCCCAAACCUUGGAAGGAGACCAUGCAAGCCGUCGAAGCAUCGUUCUCCACCGCCUACGUCCAACCCGAAUCGUCGCAGGCGGCGGACACGGAGACCUCCAACAAGCGCUCGCCCACCGACGACGACGCUCACUCCGACGCAAAAAGACGAAAGAACGAACAAGGUCAACCAGUCACAACCGCCGAUCAAUCUCCGCAACAGUCACAACCCGCAGCGACCCCCAGCAUGGCCUACUCGAUCUUCACCGCCGAAGACUUGCAACCUCCAACGGUGCCAGAUCGUACCGCUAUCGAGAAGAUUAUCUUGCAGGCUAAGAAGAAGCAGCUGCGAAAAGAGUACAUCGGCGCAUGA